AUGUUGGAAGAACUCAACAAGUCAAACAACACCUGUUUAAAGAGAAACCAGUGUAUCUUGCAGGCCAAGACCUUGGCUGUGCACCCCCACACUGGCAGUGCUAUUGGUACGGCCCGCGCCCCCCCACCCCCGCGCCGCUGGUGGUAUCGCCCGCCAGGCCCCGCCCCCGCAUGCGGCGGUCGCGUUGCCACGGCAACGGCCCGGGCCUCGGGCGGGACAGACUGGGACGAGGGGCCGAGCGGCGGCACCGGCGGGAUGUCCAGCCGGCAGCAGAUGCAAACCAGCGGCGGCUUCUCGAACUGUGCCAAAGCCCCGUACACCAGGGAGACCGUGGAUGUGCUGAGGGAGAUGAUGCAUGAAUCCAAACUGAAUAAGUUCCAGCUGAGGCAGCUUAACAGGAGGCUCCAGGAGGGUGAUUCAUUACCUGUGAGUUGCAAUCCCAAUUCUAGCCUGGUUUUAGACUCCGCUCCACUGCCACCAGCCACCCCUGUCCGAGCCCAGCUACCCACCAAGCCACAACUACGCACUGCAGAAAGCUGCCGUGCUGGUGAUGCAUACCAGCGGGAAAGAUUUCGGCCUCGACCAACAAGAAACUUGGAGAGAGAAAAGCAGCGGCUGCAAAACAUUAUGGCGACUGGGAAGGACGGUCCAACGCCAGACACAAAACAAAAACACAAAGAGGAGGAAGAAGAAGAGAAGCCAGAAAUUGACCGGUUCGACGAGUUGUGCGAUGAGAUUGAAGAGAGACGGCAGUUCCUGGAGCAAAUGGAAUCUUUUGGUCGAGGGAAAGAAUUCCGCGGAAUCAUUCACACUGAAAUUUCCCAGAAACUGCGGGAGAUGGAGGAGAUCGACAGAAGGAGGAGCAGUGAGUUGAAGCAACAAAUGGAGAUGGACAAGAUGAAGAAAGAAUAUGCAUGCUCAUAGCUUUACACCAGAUAUCAAAAUAAAAAUAAUUAAAACUUA